AUGAUCACUUUCUUCGAUAGGCUCAACGCUCAGGUAUACUCUCCCCUCUUUCUCUGCGCAGUCGCCGCUUCAUCGGUCGGGACAUGGUUUCGUCUCGAAGGCUCAGGUCAUGUUCGUGAACGUGAAGGUUCCAGAUUCCUGACCGAAAUCAGAGCUGGCGUUACUACAUGGGCAGCUAUGGCUUACAUUAUAUCCGUUAACGCGUCUAUUAUCUCCGAUACUGGAGGAACCUGUGUCUGCACCUCCCCAAACUUCUGUGCAACCGAUGACGUUUACCUGAGUUGCGUGGCAGAGGUCAAACGCGACCUCAUCACAACUUCUGCUGCUGUCUCUGCUCUGGCUUCUGUUCUCAUGGGUGCUCUCGCAAAUUUACCUGUCGGCAUGGCACCAGGAAUGGGUCUCAAUGCAUAUUUUGCAUACUCCGUUGUAGGUUAUCACGGAAGUGGCUUCAUUUCAUACCGUGAGGCACUCGCAGCUGUAUUUUUAGAAGGGUGGGUAUUCUUUUUCCUUUCCCUUCUCGGCCUUCGGCAAUGGCUGGCACGUAUUAUGCCGCAAUCUCUUGUGCUUGCGGUCGGUGCUGGUAUUGGCUUGUACAUCGCUUUUAUUGGUUUAACAUCUGGCGGUCUUAAUGUAAUCGGGGGUAGUACCACUAAUUUCGUUGGUUUGGGUGGAUGUAACUCAAACGACUGGGUUGACGGCCUGGAUUAUUACUGUGGGUCCAAAGUUAUGCGGAGCCCCACAGUCUGGCUCGGUAUCUUCGUCGGAGGUAUCCUCACUGUCAUCCUGAUGCUUUACCGCGUCAAGGGCGCCAUCAUCAUCGGUAUCUUCCUCACUUCGAUCAUUUCAUGGCCGCGCCCAACCUCUGUGACAUACUUUCCUCACACCGCUGCUGGUGAUGACCUCUUCAAUUUCUUCAAACAAGUCGUUACGUUCCAUCCUUUGACCAAAAUCGGGAACGCCCUUGAUUACACUAGUUACAAGAAUGGUAAUGUGUGGUAUGCCCUUGUCACGUUCCUCUACGUCGAUAUUUUAGACACAACCGGUACUCUUUACUCCAUGGCUAAAUUCGCGGGCCUGCGUGACCCUGUUACACUCGACUUUGAAAACUCUACCAUCGCAUAUUGCGUCGACGCCUUCUCCAUCAGCAUGGGCGCUCUGAUGGGCACCAGUCCCGUAACUGCAUUUAUUGAAAGUGCCACUGGUAUCUCUGAGGGUGGAAAGACUGGUAUUACAGCUGUCGUCACCGGACUCUUAUUCUUCGUUUCCGUCUUCUUCGCUCCCAUAUUUGCAUCGAUCCCUUCAUGGGCUACGGGUGGUGCACUUGUUAUCGUGGGCUCGUUGAUGAUCCGAACUGUGCGAGACAUCAACUGGGACUACAUUGGUGAUGCAGUCCCUGCGUUCCUUACCAUCCUCAUGAUCCCAAUGUCAUACAACAUCGCCUAUGGUGUCAUCACUGGGAUCUUCUCCUACGUUAUCAUCAACGGCUCCGUCUGGAUCGUGCGCAAAGCCAGCCACAACCGCAUUUCGCCGCCCAGCUACGACGCCUCAGAGCCUUGGGUGAUCCCUCCAGGUGGAAUCAUCCCCCCUUACAUGAAAGUCCUUCUCGCACGUUACCGAAGGAGGAACGAGGGUAGUGGUGGCGACUACCCAUUCCAAGUGCGAAACCGUCAACGUUCGCUCUCCGUCGAUACCGCAUCACAAGACAACGGAGAGGGCGCGAAAGCCUCUAGCUACGCAGAGACCGCCGAAAAGUAAAUAAUCCUCGAGCCCUACCCUGCACUCUCCACCCUGCACUUUCCCUACACCUUGCAGCCCCCAUCCAAAGUCCUUCUGCGAUGCCCGUUCCCCAUCUCCCAUCUUCAAAAUUUGAAAAUGGUUCAGAGUCUACAAAGGAUGCGGACUUGUCUCUCUCCCUCUCUCCUCCCCAGCAACUUCGGAGUCCCAUCCGUCCUGUCCUUCACGUGUUCAUAAAAAUGUUUUGUAAACUGAGAUUUCUCUGACUUUGUUUUUAUUGUCUAUUCUGUUACUUUUUUUUAAAAUAUCUGUUAUCUGUUUAUCUGUUUUCUACCCUAUCUAGCUCAUACUCGAGGGUGUGUGUGGUGCCGGCGGACGGUGCUUCACCCCAGCGUGGUUUUUUAUAUAUAGUGUAUCGUAUUGCUUGGACAAGGUAUCGUAUUACUUGGACAAGUUGUGAAAAAGUUGGGUGGAGGUUGUUGUCGAUGUUGUUGUUGUUGUUGUUUUUGGAAUAGAUGUGUUUUACUUUAUGUUUCUUCCGACAACAUGCAUGACAUUGUAUUGUGCUGUC